AUGCUGCCCCGCCUGCACCGUGGGCUCCUGUUGCUGCUUGCAUCGUCGCUGAUAGCACAUAUGGGCAACGCACAGAGCGGCGCGCAGCAGUGCGAAGACCCCAAGGCGGGCAAGCUGUCUGUGACCGGAUCUGCCACAGUCACGGAGAUGCCAGACAACGCCAAGGUCUUCCUCUCAGUGUCCGUGACCAAGCCCACCGCCGCCGAGGCUCGCGAGGAGGCGGCCGCCACGGCCGAUGCAGUCAUGGCCGCUGUGGGUGGCGUGGAGGGGAUCAAUGGCGCCAGCGACAUAUCCACAAGCGACAUCUCGCUCCAGCCAAACUACAUCUGGGUGCAGGAGACCGGGCAGAACAGGAUCACCGGCUAUGUGUUCACGCAGCAGAUCUCCGUGAAGAUCAGCAACCUCACAUCCGACACGCUGGGCGCGGUGGUGGACACCGCGGUCAAGGCGGGCGCCAACAACCUGCAGGCAUGUCGUGGCAGCGGCACCCUUUUGUGCUGCAUGUAUGUAUCAUGGCCGGGUGCCCGAGCUGGGCAUAGCUGGCAGCUGCAGGUCUCCAGCAUCCAGAUCGAACUCAGCCCCGCCCUGCGCCGCCAGGCCAUGGACCAGGCGCGGGUGCUGGCAGUGGAGGACGCCGCCAACACCGCCCAGAUCCUGGCAGAUGCGGCCAAGGUGACCCUGGGGCCCGUCAAGUCGCUGGCAGAUAGCAACAUUGCGCCGCCCACCCCCUACCCCAUGCCAGCAGCAGGGAAGGAAAGUGCUGCGUUUAAUGGGGAUGCGCGCACUGCCACUCCUGUCGUUAUUGGAACCGCCGAAGUGAUCGCUACUGUGAGCGUGGAGUACGCUGUGAUGAACGCGUAG